AAACAGUUGAGAAAAAAAAGUAUAGACCAUAGGUACGGUAUUUUUAACCAGACUGUAAUAACCAAUGUGUUAAGAUUCAAAUAACAAAACUAUUAACGUUAAGCUAAUUAAGUUUGUACCUACUACGUCUGAGAAACUCGUAUGUCUCAUGAUAAAAGAUGCAUAAUUUCUAUUCGUAGUCGCGUGUGCGAUCAUCCAACAGGAUAUCAAAAUGCCUGGCGGUGUUGUUUUUUUAGUGUGCAUUCCAACUUUGAGUUACGAGCACGAAUUAGUUUUUGGUAUACCAAUUAAAAGUCCGAAAAAACCUGAAAAAUUAACUCCAGCUGUUGUUAGGCCUAAAGUUGAUUUACGAUUGAAGGAAUUGAAAUCGAAAGCCCAACUUCUAACGUUGGACGAUGAUCUGGAAAACGAAAAUGCGCUUGUUGGGGACGAUGAUACUGAUUUAGACGUUUCAUCGCGAAAUUAUUCACGUGCUCGUGCUGCUCUUCGUUCUAAAACACCUGUCUUCGUUUCCAUGGAAACGGUGUUGACCGAAUUGCUGAAAAAGCUCAAAGUAGAACACGUUGUUUGGUGCAAAGACAAAGAGAACAUGUAUUACGAGGUAAUAUUCCCAGUUCCUGCUGGCGAACCAUGCGAAAAUUGUAUACAUUGUCUCACCGAAAUGGGCAUAGGAGUUAAAAUGAAUUCUAUCGUCAGUGUAAUACCGACACAAUGUACCUACAGUAGUGUUGGAUCUAAGAGCAUAGGAUCUGCAGCGAUCAAGGACGACAUAGCACGCAGGAAAAGAGAAGCUCAGGAUAGGAAGGAUGCUUGGACUGAUUUCGUGGAUUCUAUACGUUCCAAAUUGACAGUUAAACAAGUGGUGGAUGGUGUUCGAAGUGGUGGUGACCUUACUUUUGAUUACGUUCUAUUGGUGUUAACGGCUGAUUGUUUAGCUGCAUUGGGUCUUGUUGAAAAUAGUGCAACCAAUGUGGUAGCAGCCAUGUUGGUAUCACCUUUAAUGGGACCGGUUAUGUCUUUGACGUUCGGCACUAUAAUAGCAGACAGAAAUCUUCAAUUAGGUGGAUUGAAGAGUCUUUUGUUAGGUAUAUUCUUGUCUAUACUUUUCGGAUUUAUAUUCGGCCUUAUCCUUGGCACAACAGAAAUGCCGUGGGGUUACAACGAUUGGCCAACCGAUGAAAUGAAAGGCAGAGGUAAUUAUAGAUCUCUUUGGAUGGGUGUACUGUGGGCACUUCCUUCGGGUACAGGUGUAGCUGUUGCAUUAUUGCAAGGAAGUAAUGGUCCUUUAAUCGGUGUUGCUAUAUCUGCUUCGUUGUUACCACCGGUUGUUAAUUGCGGUUUAUUUUGGGCUCUUGGAUGCAUCUGGUUGAUAUACCGACCGAUCAAAAUGCCACACAUAAAAGGAGAAUCUUACGCGGAUUUUAAUAGUUCUUACGUAUACGUUUAUACCGAUUAUCUACCUGUAGAGUUCUUUUGCAAUGGAAUUAUCAGUGCAUGUUUGACAUUCAUUAACGUAAUGUGUAUCUUCAUAACGGCGAUAAUGGUCCUCAAGAUUAAAGAAGUAGCCGCACCAUAUACUUCAACACCGGAAUUAAGACGAUUUUGGGAACAUGAUAUACGUUUGGUUCGCGAUAAAAAUACUUCCAGAGAUCACAGUUCAUUGGAUUCAAGUUAUUACGACGGGUUGAGUAAAACUAAACAAAAGGAAUUAGAACGAACUCUAAACGAAGCCGUACGCGAGGCGAUCGAUGAUGACACCUUUAGAAAAGUUCAAAGAAUGAGUUAUGGACUUGGGCAUGAAGAGAUCACUCCAAAACUUGGUUUUCCUACGCACGUUGGUGCCAAUAAAGGAAAUGGUAGAACAAGUGAUGAAAUAAUUACUCGUCCUACGAGCAAUCAUGAUACAUCACCAAACGGUUUACCAAAUUCUGCAAGUACAAACGAAGACCUGGAGGCUCUUGAUAGAUUGAUUACUUAUCUUCUGGGUCAACCAAGUAGUAAUACCACAAAUAAUAAUUUGGAUAUAUGGCGUCGAUCGCGUCAAGCGAGUGCUAGAGGUUACAGACAAUUACACGGUACUGGUGCAACUGCUGAAGCUGGUAAUGUUGGUACGACACCUUUGUAAAUAAUUUAAUAAAAUAAAUAUAUA